AUGCACUCUGCGUAUCUCCAUGUUGCCAUCGUUUUUUAUUGUUUCAGAACUCACCCUCCUCUGCUCAAUAUGGUUUCCAAAACGUACAGCGUUGUGGCGCCCUAUCAGUGUCAGAUAAAAGGUUCGGACGUGUGGCAGUUAUUUCAGGUAUCUGUCUACUUCUUUUUUCAUCCCUUCGUCAGAAUGGUCGUGAUGUCCAACUGACUACUCGUGUCAACUCAAUUUCAGUGUGUUCCCAAGGACCCAAAAGAUUCUGCAUACCAUGCGGACAUAAGGUUUACCUGUAUAAAUGCGAUGGGGACAAACUGUAUCGAAAGCUUUCUGGCUAUGGUUCUCGGGUGACCUGUUGUCAGUUUCGAAGCGACGGUAAGCUGGUGAUUGUUGGUGAGGAGAAUGGUACCGUACGCAUCUGCACGACAGACAAAAACAGCUAUCACCUGCGCAAAAUGACGAUACACAAAGCGUGUGUAAAUGCGGUCUCGUUUUUCGCUGACGGACAUCACGCUACCAGUGCAGGCGCGGAUGCUUGCGUCCGCAUAUGGGAUGUCUCGCUGGGGACACAGACAGCUCAGUUCUUCAUGGGCACUGGUAAAGAACCGGUGAAAGCUAUGGUAGCAUCGAACACUGACCCUAAUAUUCUCUAUUCUGGAAGCAUGGAAGGUGUGGUAGCCUUGUACGACAUCCGCCAACCGAAAGCAGUGCACACGCUGAAGCUUCCGAACGCCAUUUCCGCUGUCACCUUGGACGCGACUGACAAAACUUUGGUAGUGGCUGACGGCUCCUUCAUCAGAUUUUGGAACCCUACUGCCAGAAAAUUUCUCUCUGCCGGCGGUGUGUCAUCAGGCGGUGUAUCUGUCGAGCAAACAGACGCUGUUCGGAUUCAUUACAAAAUGGUUACUGGCCUUUGUGUCGUCAACCAUCCAGAUCCACAACAAGGUGAAGUGCUUCUGUCAGUUUCCUUGGACAAACUGAUGAAGGUUACUAGUUUGGUCGAUUUCAAGGAGCUACAUCAGACCAGAUACCUCGUUCCACUCACUGCAGUCGCUGCCACGCUCGACUGUGAAACAAUGAUUGUCGGUGGUGAGAAAGGUUUUGUCAAAAUUCGGCAUCUGAUCCGGAAAUCCAGUAUGCUAACCGCUUCUGCGAUUGAAGCUCUGGAAAGCAGUCGACGAGCAGGUCAGGAAUUGGAAGUGCCGGGUGGCAUGGAACCCGCGUUACAACAGCUCGCCCAUGAAUUUUCCGGCCACUGGAGAGGGGGUGACAAAUACAUUCAAAUGACCACGGACACCUGGCUCAGCCAGCCGUUUGAUGGGCCACGUCGUGGACCAAGAGACUGGCUCACUGAGGGAGAAAGUGCUGGGACGGCCGCGCGCAAAGUUCCACUAAUUUACGAGACGUCGGAAAUUUCACGUGACGGAUUCCGUUUCUACGCGGAUGACAGUGAAAGACAACCGUUCACGAGAGUGGAUCGUCUUUUGACUCGUUUCAGUCACUCACAGGCUUUAUCCGUUGUGACGCGGUUUCCGUGGUCUGCCAGCCGUCGUCGCCCGUCUGUCUACGCAAGAAAGCACAAACAGAGGCUUUUGGCAGUCGGUGUCAUCCGUGAACUCGCCAGACGAGGCACCCUCGUGGCUGCUGUGGCAGGUCGAGACGUAAAACAGCUAGCGCGGUUAUUACGCUUUAUUCGUCAUAAUGUCUGGCGUCGGGAGAGUGCAACUGUGUGUUUAAAGCUGUACAACUGUAUCUUGGACGAGUACUCCGCGGACGAACUUGCCCAAGUGACAGAGUUCAGCAAAGUAAAUGUGGUUCUGCAACAUCUGUCGCGAAACACCCAAUCAAUCUGUGAGAUUGUCAACUUCUUACGUGAUUCCAUUAAAAAAGAAACUGCCGCGAGUCACACGCCAGCUGACAAUAAGCCAGUUCCUAAGAAGAAACUGCGGAAUUCAUCUACGAAGCGGCCCCUCACCAAACGUGAUUCAAGUGCCAUCGCAGACAGUCCUGGAGUAACCGCCGGCGUGUCAUCUCACGUAGCGGCUUCCGUUCCCAAACGGAUGAGGUCCCCAGGUCUCCUCAGACCUUUCAAACGGACUCGACCAUCUUGAUCGUAUUGUUUUCCUAGAUCGUUCUGUACAGCAUUUCUACAUUACUGUUAUCAAAA